GCAGUCGCGCUCUGUGACGUCACUGCGUCACAUUUGCGCAUGUGUGUUUCACAGGAGAUAAACAAACCUGCACGAGCCACGAUCUGCUGACGUCUUCUGAACCAACAGUCACAUUCAGGUGUGACAAUGGGGAAGUCAUUUUCCCACCUCACCAAGCAGACAGGCGAUGACGAGGACCGGCUCUCCUCUCCUGAGGACGCCCAAACUGAGGAUGGCAAGGACGGAGACGUCGCCCAGUUUCCUUACGUGGAGUUCACAGGACGGGACAGUGUGACAUGUCCCACAUGUCAGGGCACAGGGAGGAUACCCAGAGGACAAGAAAAUCAAUUGGUGGCAUUGAUUCCAUACAGUGACCAAAGGCUACGGCCCAGGAGGACGAAGUUGUAUGUCUCAGCAUCAGUGGUGGUCUGCCUGUUACUGUCCAGUCUGGCCGUCUUCUUCCUCUUCCCUCGCUCCAUCGACGUCUCCUAUGUUGGGGUGAAGUCUGUUUUCGUCAGCUACGACCAAGACAAGCGCAGCGUCUAUCUCAACAUCACAAACACUCUCAACAUUACCAACAACAACUACUACUCAGUGGAGGUUGCCAACAUCACAGCGCAGGUGCAGUUUGCCAAGACAGUGAUCGGUAAAACCCGCAUCAAAAACAUCAUUGCCAUCAGCCCUCUGGACAAGAAACAGACUGAUUAUAUGGUUCCCACCAUCAUCGCAGAUGAGAUGAGCUACAUGUAUGACUACUGCACCCUGCAAACCAUCAGGGUUCACAACAUUGUCGUCAUGAUGCAAGUGACUGUCACAACAACGUACUUUGGCCACGUGGAGCAGGUGUCUCAGGAGAUGUACCAGUAUGUGGACUGUGGAGGGAACACCACCUCUAUCAGAGGGAUGCCCCAGCCCUUCAACAUCCCACAUCCUGCUGAGUAACCCCCACCUUUGUGCUCCUCACUGGCCCUGACUCAGGCCCUGGAUGGUCACCUUAGGUGGUUUACGGUGUUCCCUCUUCUUCUAUACCUGCAGGGUCUAACAAUCUGCUGUUGACAUGAUACUGUGGAUUGGAAUUCAAAACCAACACUAACAAAGUCCACACUGAGAUAAGAAUUGCACCCAGGAAAGUUUGCAAAGCAAAAGUGUUGAUGUGUGUGUGCGGACGCACAUUGCAUUCAGCAAAGAAAGCAAAUCAACCCAACCUUAUAAAUACAGGAGCGCUUUGCUAAUUAAGAGAUCUGUAUCCAAAAGAUGUUUCUGUCACAAUUACAAGUUAACUGUUUCAUAAUUAUGAGAUCCUUAUCUACUAAGUACUAAGUUUCUCUUAACUCGUGUUUGAAAUAAUACAAAGGCGUUUCAUAUUUACAAGACCCAUGACUCGUAAUUGUAAGGAAACAGUUGAGCAAAAAUAAUACUUGUAGUUAUGAAAAGAUAAUUGCAGUAAGUACUAAACAGUGCAAUUAGAGUUUACACGUGUCAUAACUACAAGACCUGUAUUUGACAGUUGGGAGAAAAAAUAUCUAAGCUCUUUUAAAAUUACAAAAUCAUUACCUUGAAAUUAAGAGGAGAAUUUGCUACAAUAUAAUAUAAUUAGAUUUAGUUAAAUCAUAUCGAUAUUUCAUAAAGUAAACAAAAUAUUUGUAACUCUGAGAUCCAUAUCUUGUAAUUGGGAGGUAUGCUUCUCAUGCCUUAAGAUACAGAGCCUAUAUUUGUGAGUCUCUUUUAAUUAUAUGAUAUUUUCAAAUCUCAGAAUGUUGAAAUAUGAAUCUAAUUAUUAUGAGAUGCUAAUAUAUAAUUCUACCGAAUGUCUCAAACCUUUUCUCCCUGAUGAAUGCAGUGUGCACUCCACAAUGUCGACUGGUUUAGGUGGCCUGCUGUUCAGUUGCAAACGUGGGUGUGUGUUUGAUGGUCCAGGUGCAGCUCUGACUUUUCCGUUCUCUUUUCCACCUCUUGUGUGUUGUAGUGUAUGAGAAUGUGAGGCGAUGUGGAGUUUUAUCUUCCACCACCGUCUGAAAGCUGAGAGCAGUUCAUUUCCGUUUCACUAACAAAAAGUGUUGUCGCUGCUUCAUUAAGUUGUCUUCUUUUGUUUAUGUAGGACUGCUGAUUUUAUCUCUAAUAUAAGUGCCAAAAUAAUACCAGAAUUUCAAUACCAACUUUGUUUUUGAUAUCUUUGUUUGCAGUGUUGAGGUUUGAUGCCAGAACUAAUUUCAAUAUAAGAAGUGGUGGCACAUCUGUCGUUUCCAUGAUGUAAGAUUAGGUUCAUAGUUACAUGAGUCACCAUCAUAUUUCAACUGUAGUUAUUAUCCAGAGUAUCUAGUAGCCUAAAGGGUUGUUGUGAUUGCUCUGUUUUCCUGCCUCACAUGCUGAAAGCUAAGUAUUGGAUUCAAUGUUUUCUAAUGUCGACUGAAAUAUAACAUCUGUUAUCAUGACAAUGCUCUUACAUAAUCUUGGAUUUGUGAAAAAAGGGCGUUUGUUAGAAAAAUAAGCUGAAAAACAUCAUUAUUAUUUAUAACAUUUAAACCAUAAUGCACUACAUAAGUCUAUUUAAAGGGCACAUUUUAUUAUUGGUCUCAAGUUCUCUGAAACCUGUGUAUCCACCACAGUGUGUCGAGCUCUGUGAAGAUAAGUCAUGAAAACAUGGUGAUGUUACAGCACAAAAAUAUUCAGAUGCUGUUCUGUCGGAUACUGACAUAAGUUAAUUUUAUCAAUAGUAUCUGCUUUGUUUUUUUUACAAUCUGCUUACUUGCCUAUAGUAGCUUUUGGCUGUCAGGUGCUCAGUAUUGGUUUGUUGCUAAAAUGGAGGCUUUCCUGUUGCAUUCCAAUUUAAAGUUAGAGGUGAACAUUCUGAUGGGGGCAGGUGGUGACAAUUUCUAAUGUGGUAGUUGUCCAGCUUUUAAGAGAAAGUUGUUUUUUUUUAUCAUUCCACUGUCGGGAUAGAUGUUUUUAAUCUAAUGUUUGCAAUUAAAGAGUUAUGGCUUCAUCA